AACUGUUACAUUUACUCUUAAUAGCCAAAUGUCUCUUGGUACAACCAAGACGUAUUUUAUAAGAAGGUUUGUAUAAGCGAACGGUAUUACAUAGAAGAAAGCAUAUCAUCUACUCGAGAUAAAAGCACGUGCACGUGAUAUUCUAUCGUAAUUUCGUAUUGGAGAUCUCAUUGCUUGCUAUAGCGAGGCCGAAGAGACCUCUUUCUAGUUUACAUAGAUACUAUUUGAUGUACUACUUUUUCUCAUAAUAUUUUCACCUGCAAAUAAGGCAUUCAAAUGCAAGCUUCAGUAGCUGUUCACUGUCAAACGUCAUAUCUAGUAAGAUUUCGCGUUUCAUAGUAACGAUAGUCAUUCAUUAGAUCGCGGUUUUUAUCGUCGGAGCUCUUUACGCAGACGUUCUGCCAGGUCUUUUUGAGUUUUCCGUAAAUUGAAUGGAACUAGGUAUUUUUCGCGUUUUGCACACGGUACCUAAGUUAUUAAGCAUAAGUUCAGAAAAUGAUCUAAACUAAGCAGACGUCAACUUCAUCCGAUCCAAAGGAUGUCUCAGAAUUACCAGCCAUGACCCUAGUCUGAGUAUUUCUGAAGCCCUUCCCAAUGACUGCUUGUUACUGGAUUUGUGUCGGCAGUAAAUGAGAUACGAUGCUCACGUUGUCAUUUUUCCACUGCUAAUGUUUAAUCUUCUAUUAAUACGCAGCCAGCUUUGUUGAAUGCUGCUACUGCUGUUUAAAUUUGCCUGUUCUCCUCAGAGUGUACCUGCUGUUGGCUUACGAUGAAAUGAAGAAAUUCCUCGCGCUUCCGUUUCUCCCAGGUGACAUGACUUGAAAUCAGACGAAAUAGCUCGGAUGGCCCGUCACCGGUAAACUCAAAUUACUUCUUCAGACCUUUUUCGUUCUCACAUUUAUAGAUUUCUCAAUUUGACUCUGUUAAGCACUCUUUCCGUUAAGUUCGUAGUGCUCCAAGCCACUUCUGGUCCAGUUCAAAACUUUGGCUAACUGGACAACGACGCAGGAAAUCUAACCGUUCCUCUACCUACGGUAAUUUUUUAACUUAUCUUCCUCACUGACCGGCCUUACUUUUUGCUCGAGCUAUAAUAUCAUCAUUUAUUAAUAUGCGAUGUUGUAUCCGCUGCGAACAACAGACGACCUAGUUGACUCAGCCCGACCGUCUCAAUGUUGCUAACUAACUUUACGACUACUACAUUUAGCCGCCACUGGCCCAGUAAAGAGAUUUUCGUGCUGCCGUUGCUUCUCACUCUUGCUUAUCUAAGUUCCUUCAGUCCAGCCUGAUGCCGCUUGCCGGCCGUCAGAUUAUUCGAUCAUCGUCCGUUCGUCACGCGGUUAGGUACGUGGCUCCCGUGGAUUCAAAAUUUGCCGCGCUAGUUCGACAAGGGAGGGCACGAAUGGGCGGAGCCUGUCCGCCACUCCGAACCGGCUGCGUUGGCUCCAGGCCUUUCUCACACAUAAAGCUGGCCUUUUUCCCACGCUAUCAUUUUGUGCCGACAUUUCGGACGGACCAGGAGAACUGAACGGGGAGCCAAGCCAUUGGCCAGUAGCUCCUCAGCUCGCUGUUUUUUCGUUCAUGUCGGUUCGACCGUGACGUCGGUCCAUUCGUUGUCGUCCACCGUCGCUGAGCAGUGGCAACAGAAGAAGCAACAGCAAACGCUCUUACUACUACUACUACUACCACUGCUGCUGCUGCUACUGCUACUGCUGCUGCUGCUGCUGCUGCUGCUGCUACUGCUGCUGCUGCUGCUGCUGCUGCUGCUGCUGCUGCCUUUUCGCGAACAGUCGUAGUGAGACUAGCAAGCUAGCUGCUUCCUUCUGCUUGUGCUUGCCGUGCAACAGGGACUCGGCAGUACCGGUGCUCCUCCGUAGGCCAUCUGCGCUGCAUCCGGAGUACAAACCCGUCGCAGGAGUGCGUACUGGACGCAUUAACUUGGUUUUACCACGAGUUGAGCAGGCACACUAGCGAAUACGCAGGCACAUAGCAAAGCCACUACGACGCGUGUUGAACGUUGCGGAGAUACGUUAAAAGUAACGAGAAUCUAUCCAAUGACGAUCAUUGUAUGUUGAUCUUUCACUAAAACGUUACCAACUGACAGAGGGAGUUUGGACGGAUUUGAACAAUAAGCAUCGAUGCCGAUCCUGUCUGAACCGCCCUGCCUACUUCUACUGUUGCGGAGAUACAGUGCAAACUCCUGUGAUAUUGUUCAUCGCGCCUCCCGGCCGACCGCGCCUGUGUUGAACAGUCCGCGCUACUCUCAUCAAGCUGGACUGUCCGCUCUACAGUAUUUUCGUCUGCUACCGCAGCAACAAGCCAGUAUAUAGCGUGAUUGUGUGUGGCGAGUAGCAACAGGGAACGACAUCACAUGCACUAAUUGACAGACAAUAACGUACCACACAACUGGACUAUUAGAACGGCGGCAAAUUCAACCAAGUAGAGCGGUUAUGAAACACUAGCCGUCAGCUGUCGCAAAGCGUUUUACGAUCACUGGGUGCGUGGAGCUGAGCCAAUCGUUCUCCGGCAAGCGUGAGUGCGUAUUGCGUUUUUAACCUAUAAUAGCACCAGUCUGCUAGCAUGCUUACAAACGGUGCCGCUGGCAAACCAGUAAUAGUAGUAGUAGUAGUAGUACAACUAAUUAGAGCGACACCUUUCAAAUUGGAACCGAACGUCCGUGUCUGGUAUUAUUGAGUUGUCGGUGUGUCGGAGUGAACAGCAGCCAUCGAAAUUAAGUCGACGGACAUAACCGACCGCUACUGGCUAUUAUCUAACGUUCGAUUGAGGAGCAAUUGUCGUCUUCGUUGUAUUAUAUAUACGUUAUAGUUUCUCGCCCGUGGUCGUCUGGUUCAUCUCAAAGAGAUAGAGAGAGAAAGAGAGAAGGCUCCGUUCGAGCGAAUAAGCCUGUGUCUAAUUUCGAAGUUGUGUGUGCUACUUCGCGUGGCUGAUCUUCACCACAGCCGCUGGUGCUGUUGCAAUGAACGCCGUGUUCCCUCUCGUAGUACGAGUGUCCAGAGGCGGUUUGCCGUCCCUCAUUCCUUUGGUGUACAGUGGCUAAAUUACGGUAGUACUUUUUCUAAAUUGUUGUUGUUAUUGUUGUUGUUGUUGAUCUCUGUGUUCUGCCAUUCGCUGAUAUUGUAGCUGCUGUGAAAAACCACGACGACGACGAAGAAGAAACGAGGUAGCCUGCGUUGUUUGUGCGAACCGCAACAGCGCCGCAGGCUCUGCGCCUUGUUUGUUUCGUAUGUUUACUUCAUGCUAGGACAAAUGAGAGUCGCUGUAACACAGCAACAGUAGAACAACGGACCAGCAGCAGCAGCAGUCAUAGGGAAACGAACAAGCGCUUUGUUUAUGUUUUGGUCAAAAAGGUGAUGCUGCUGGUUGUGGUGGUAAAAAGUAAGGAAAAAAAAAGCAAAGAAGACCACUAUCUCAUCAUAUCGCACCAACAAAGAGCACACACGAAACGCAGCAGCAGGACUAACACAUCUCUAAGGAGAUCAAGCAGGCUGCCAGCACACAGGCAGCUACAUGAGGUAACAACUGCGGCAGCAGGCAGUAACGACAAUCAACAAAGGUUCCCCAUAGAUCUCGGAACUCCUCUAAAAGCACCGUUAGUGAAUUUGUGCAGUAACUUGAAUUCUGAUCAGCAGCAAUAAUUUCUGUUAAACUUCAAUUACUCAACUUAUCAACUUAUUUCCCUUGAAAGCCAAUCGAAGUAUGGACAACGGCAACUACUCAACAACAAAAAGUAUUGAGCGACACACGAAUUGACCCUUUCAAGGAAAAGAAAGACAUCAAAAAAAAAAGAGCAAAGCGAGAACAAUUGAAACAAAAAAUACACACAAACGAAAGUACAUAAAAACGAUGAGGGUGACGGCCGUUGUAGUAAAUCAUUUAAACAGAAAGAACAUUUUUCGCGUUUGAUUUAAAAGAAAAAAGUUAGCGAAGUACAAUUAUGUGUAGUAGUGCCGAUUUGUGUAGAGAUCUAUCCGAUCCUCUUCACCCUGUGUGACUGUGUGUUAGCCUCUGAAGCUACCAAAGGGUCAAGUGAGCGAUUAGAGAAAAACUCACAGCAAUCCCCUGUUCCCCGCUUUCCAUUGCUUUUUGCAUUUCGGCAUAAUCAGUUUAAUUCGAAGCCCACCUUUCCACCGAUAUGUUUGAAUUGUCUAAGAGCUCGACUAUUAACCGAAAGUAACACCAGCUAGCCUAUAUACUUUGUUACCGAAACUAUUGUGCCAGCAACAACAAAAGUGCAUACCGUGUUAACGUACUCAAGUGGUGCGGGAGUAUGAACUGAGUGCGGAGCCAAGUCUUUGGCUAGGGUCAGUGAUGGUUAUGUAGUGAGUGUUAACGUUCAACAGUGAAUACACGACAGUAUCAAAACAUCUAGUGGCGCGAAUGAAAGACGUACCGUGUUAUCCGGAUGCUGACGGGUUCGCUCGAGGAGUCAACUGCGAAGAUUUACCCUGGCCGCUGAUUAGGUGGAGUAAAGCAACAGUAAGUUAGACUCUACCCGCCAUUGUCUGACGUUAGGUAAAAUUGAGCUCGACCUCGAGUUGUCGCGAACGUGGCGGAAAUUUGUAUCGCGGAGCUCGGGGCCUUGGUCCCCUGGCUAUCCGUGAAAUAGUUCGAUAUCCAAGCAAUUUUGGCCGGAAACGAUUUCGGCCACCCUUGGCAGAGGUCCGCCUGUCGGCGCAAUGAACGACAUCUAUAAUAAUCAUCAACAUCAUUUGACCGAGGAUGCACCCUAUGCAGCCACCUAUGGCCAGCACGCACCAGUGUCAUUACAAAACAAUAACUAUGACCCCUCGGCGACGGCCUUUACUGCGUACACGAUGGCGAGCACAAGUCUGGCUGGUCACCCGCCCCCCGGAAGCCCUUUAGGUUAUCCGGGGACCCCUCGAGAUCAUCACAUAGCACUGCUUGGCGACUCAUACGCCGGGCCUGACCGCAAACCGCUCGACAUGAGCGCUGCCCACCGCAGUCACCCCUACUUUCCUGGUGCCCAUUCACCAAUGCAACCUUCUCACUACAAAGGCCAUCAUGGGCCUCCACCAGGCCAUCCCGAUGAAGCUCCCAUGAUGAUCGGGAGUCUAGCUGGCUCAAACAAGGACAACAGUCUUAACCACAAACAGCAUCUAUUAGCGGCACCGAAAUUGGCUGGCGGACACCUGCCGCCUUCGCCACUACCCAGCCCACCUGUGAGCGCGCUGGCGCGUCGCAAGGAGCAACCAUUGACUCGAGAGGCAAUGGCACGGUACCUUCGCGAGCGUGGAGACAUGGUGUUAGUUAUCUUGCAUGCGAAGGUAGCGCAAAAGUCUUACGGUAACGAGAAGCGCUUCUUCUGUCCACCUCCAUGCAUCUACUUGUUCGGCGACGGAUGGCAACGGAAACAGGAGCAAAUACUGCGGGAGUACGGUGAGAACACCGAGGCAGCCCAUCAGGCCUCCCAAUUGUGUGCGUUUAUCGGUAUCGGCAAUUCGGAGCAAGACAUGCAACAGCUCGACUUCAACGGCAAGAACUAUUGUGCAGCCAAGACGCUCUUCAUUUCCGACUCCGACAAACGGAAGCACUUCAUGCUGUCGGUGAAGAUGUUUUAUGGAAACGGCGAGGACCUCGGCGUUUUCCAUUCAAAACGGAUCAAGGUCAUUUCGAAACCGUCAAAGAAGAAGCAGUCCUUGAAGAACGCCGAUCUGUGCAUUGCGUCAGGUACGAGGGUGGCGUUGUUUAAUCGGUUACGCUCGCAGACCGUAUCGACACGCUAUCUGCACGUUGAGAAUGGAAACUUCCAUGCGUCAUCGACACAGUGGGGCGCGUUUACAAUUCACUUACUCGACGACGACGAAAGCGAAAGUGAAGAGUUCACCGUGCGCGACGGGUACAUCCAUUACGGGUCGACGGUGAAGUUGGUCUGUUCGGUGACAGGCAUGGCGUUGCCACGUCUAAUCAUUCGUAAGGUUGACAAACAGACCGCGCUGCUUGACGCUGACGACCCGGUGUCGCAGUUGCACAAGUGCGCCUUUUACAUGAAGGACACUGAAAGGAUGUACCUCUGUUUGUCGCAGGAGAAAAUCAUCCAGUUUCAGGCGACGCCCUGUCCGAAGGAGCCCAAUAAGGAGAUGAUUAACGACGGGGCCGCCUGGACAAUCAUUUCGACCGACAAGGCUGAGUACACGUUCUUCGAGGGAAUGGGCCCGGUGAGAAGUCCGGUCACACCGGUACCCGUUGUCACUUCGUUGCACCUCAACGGUGGUGGGGAUGUCGCCAUGCUCGAGCUGACCGGCGAAAAUCUUACGCCAGAUCUCAGGGUGUGGUUCGGCGACGUGGAAGCUGAGACGAUGUAUCGUUGUCAAGAAGCGAUGCUUUGCGUGGUACCUGACAUUUCAGCGUUCCGAGAGGGGUGGCAAUGGGUCCGGCAGCCGACACAUGUGCCCGUGAGCCUCGUAAGGUCUGAUGGUAUCAUAUACUCAACUGGUUUAACGUUCACGUAUACGCCCGAACCCGGACCCCGUCAACAUUACCCGUGUGUCGAGGACAUUCUCAGGCCCCAGGGCAACCCUCAUUCUCCGCAUCCCGACGAAGUUCAGCAACAGCUCUCGAAUCAGCAGACAACUGCCAGCAACCACUACAUGCAUCUGCAGUGAGUUGGACGCCACUCGACAGAAGCUCGGAGCAACAAUAGCAAGAAACAAACAAAUAAAACUAAGCCAGUCGUAGAUAUGUGAGGUUAAGAGAUUUGAGCGACCCUCCAGCAGAACGCCCCCUUGAAGAGUUCUCAAAGUAAUGUAGGCUGCUGACGAAGGCGCUCACGAUCGCCAUAUUCAAUCAUCUGGAUCCUGCGACCAAAAUCUCUCUUAAAGGAGAGCUUCUGAAAGAGCUGAAGUCUUGGUGAAGCUGUCCACGCUACGGCUUGUGAAGUGGCUGCUGUUGGUUGGGCUACAUCAUGUUGUAAAAAAAACAAUUCGUACAAAGAAGAAGAAGCGAAACACAUAUAACAAAGCAAUGAAUCAAUGAGACUCCAUGAAGUUCGCGGGAGUAAAAAGCAUUUAUUAGUAACUGCUGAACUUUGACGGCACGGUCGGGUCAGAGGGCUGCUUUGAUGUUGCGCAGUGAGGACCACAACAACAAGCACUAAAUAAAAAGGAAUUGUUAAUGUUGAAAAAGAAGAUGCUAGUGUGUCCCAUUACAGGCCAUGUUGAUUGAUGAAGGAUGCGCCCCGGCCAUGUGAAGACAGUUGUGCCCCGAGUAGCGAAGUUCAGAGGUGCAUGCCUCUGUUGGGCAAGAACUGCGUUGUUUUUGAAAAACAAAAGGCUACUGUAUGGACUGAACAUGGGUCGCUUAGCGACGGACGUCGAUCCCAGAACGACAACUCGAAGCCUCUGUCUCAUACCUUUGCGGCUAAGAUCAUAUCAGCGAAAGGGCGCAUCAUAUUAGAGUCGGACCAGCUUUGCGCAUUGGAUUGGCAAUGCCCUGGACAAGGACUGAAGAUCUAUUUGCGGGGGAUUCCAAUCCAACUGCUCACCGAUCGGCGGUGCUUAGUCGAGGUGUCUCACGUAGUCAAGGAUAUUUCGCAGAAUUCCGUUUAAAUCGCCGCGACCGCAUAUUUUUCUUAUUGAAGUAGAUUUAUUUUUAUUUAUCAAUUAUUAGUAUUGAUUAUUAUUAUUAUAACACAAAAUGAUCGUGUUUGUCGUUCAUGAUACUCAUUGUAACGGCGAUGAUGACGUUUGGUGCGGCAGUGAUAAGUAGGCCACAAUGUCUAUGAAUAAUGGAUCGUACUAAUUAUUUAAUUAGCGAGUAAGCGACAGACGAGUGAACCGCUCCCUCAACAAUUUGAUUGCUGAUCUAGCAUUAAUCCUGCAGAAUAGUAUCAGAAAAUGAUUGAGCUGGUUGUUCAUCUUGCACCCGGUGAACGUGGGUUAUUUGCUUCGAUACACUAAUGACGACGUACGAUUUUUUCAAAUCCGGAUCGGACAGAAACGUAUUAAAGGGAGAGAAAUUAGUUGACAGCAAAGCCUCAUCGGCAAGCACAGGGCACAAUAUUCUCUACUGCGUUUCACAAUCACAAGUCGACAUAUACUUACAGACUCAUAAAUGCGCUUGGAUGCGUGUAUGCGUCUCUAUUGUGUUGUAUAAUGUAAUUGAGCCAUGUAUAUAGUAUAGAGAAAAAACAGUGCACCCGUAAUGGCAUAAUAAUUAUGUGUAACAGUCAGUGUAUGCAAACGGGACGGUGUUGUGGUAAAAAAACUAUUUAUUCUAAUUGUGAAACACAGAUAGAGCGAGGGCGGAGAGGAAAAAGACACGUCUGAACGAAUGAACUCUGUGUAAAAGCGAGUGACCUAAAAAGUUUAUCACCAUAAAUCGUAUACAUGCCUCGAAUAAAGGCUAAAACUAAGGUGUGAUUUAGGCGUCGUAACAGAUAUAGAAUUGAGCGCAUACGGAAAUGUGCAUCAGUGGUUGAAAUUUACGCGGUGUUCUCACUGUAAAGGUUGUAGAGUAUAUUAGGUCGUUUCAAAUGGGCAAGAGCAAAGAGCUGGGAAAGCAGUGAACCAGAAAGUGUCGAAAAGGAAAAACCGAUAUAAUCGUAAUACGUGUGCUCUCAUCUCGCUCUGAUUUUAAUUGCUAACACGAGAGAGAGAAAAUAUAUUGUUAUCAUAAUUUAAACAAUUGACUGACAGUGUUAAGUUAAGCGCAUCUCUCUUCAGCUCGAAAAGCAGCACGGACCAAAAUCGGUGUAUAAAACUAUAUAUAAAUAUAUACAGAGAAGAAAUAUAUAUCUACACAUCAAUUUACAUUAUUAUAUACGACAAAAAAUAAUGAGGAGAAAAGCAAACAAUUGGUGUUGUACGUAUUGCCCUUAUAAUUACAUGUCUCGCUAUUAGUUAGGGAAUUAGAGGAAAAAGUCAGCUACAAGGUUGAGAUACGAGUAUAUGAGAAGUGACUAGCACUGGUGUCACCGCCGUACAAGAAGAUCGUUGUCUCAAUUAUUUUCUGGAUAAUCACAAAUGUCUUCAUGUGCGUUUAAAAAGCCAACGGUAUUUAGCCCCCGCAUCUGCUAGGUUUAUCCAGGGAUGAGUGAAGGCUCGACGAUUGCCAUGAGCUCGUGAAACGAUGCUAGAAAAAUGGGCUUAGGGGCAAAUGGGAGCAGGUUUUGCUUUCUUUCGCUAACGGAUGUGAUUCAUCUGGAGAGAUGGCCAGGUCACGGGUCCACGUAACUGAGCAAGACAAAAGUGGCAACAUCGGUUUGCAAAUGACGGCGAAUCACCUUGCAGCGUGUAGUUGGUUUAUCUCAGAUUGAAGAAACGUUUUCUUCCGGUGAUUCUGGUAAUUACUGUUUAAUUGUUGUAAAUAUAUAUAAAUAAUACUAUUUGGAUUUAUGAUGUGUUUGACGGUGAAGCGGGUAAACGAGCGGAAACAAAGAGCAGAAAUUGGUCGCCAAUUAAUAGCAGAUGAAUAGUUAUGUGUUUGUGUACAUAUUUCACAAGGGAGUAGUUGAAUCAUUAAUUGACUAAUUAAUUACCAGAUUAAUAUUAAGAUUUAAUUAUUAUAGAAUAAGUAAUAACAGCAAGCAUUGCGUAAAGCGGCGAGAAGCUGCAAUUUUGUACCUGUUGGAAUGGCGUUGACUAUAAUGUCCGUGGUGAUCUUGAACAAACAAUGAGAACCGUUGUGUAUUUCUAUAAAUAUAUAUAUAAACAAUUAUAUAUGAAAGGAUACCUUUUUAUAAAAACACAAACAGACACAUGCUGAGAGGACAAUAAUAAAGGAAACUCUUAGAUUUACUAGCUAAUUUUGCGAAAAGUCGUGUAUUUCUUUAAAUAUCAAUAUGACUUAGUUGUUUUUCAAACACAUUUUUCCCGGUUGCGUGUAAGAGAUGGCAAAAACACAUUCUUCAAAGU